GUGUCGUGGAGGGUGAUUUAGCAGCAGUGGAAGCUUACAAGUCGUCCGGAGGGGACAUCGCGCGGCAGCUCAGCGCGGACGAGGUUCGGCUGCUCUUCGACGUGGGCUACACCCUGGUGCACCUGGCCAUCCGCUUCCAGAGGCAGGACAUGCUGGCCAUCCUGCUCACCGAGGUGUCCCAACAUGCAGCCAAGUGCACCUGUCCAGAGGUCACGGAACAAAUCCGCCGUGAAAUCGCUGCGUCUCUUCACCAGCGAAAGGGAGACUUUGCCUGCUACUUCCUGACUGACCUUGUAACCUUCACAUUACCUGCAGAUAUUGAAGACUUACCACCCACAGUGCAGGAAAAGCUGUUUGAUGAAGUACUUGACAGAGAUGUUCAGAAAGAGCUGGAAGAGGAAUCUCCCAUCAUUAACUGGUCCCUGGAGCUGGGCACACGCCUGGACAGCAGGUUAUAUGCACUUUGGAACCGAACUGCAGGGGAUUGCCUGCUUGACUCAGUGCUACAGGCUACAUGGGGCAUUUAUGACAAGGACUCAGUGCUGAGGAAAGCUCUGCACGACAGUUUACACGACUGCUCACAUUGGUUCUACACACGCUGGAAAGAGUAUUCCCAAAGCUUUGGUUUACAUUUCUCCCUGAGAGAGGAGCAGUGGCAGGAGGAUUGGGCAUUCAUACUCUCUCUUGCAAGCCAGCCUGGAGCGAGUUUGGAGCAGACACACAUUUUUGUACUUGCACAUAUUCUUAGAAGACCAAUUAUAGUUUAUGGAGUAAAAUAUUACAAGAGUUUUCGAGGAGAAACAUUAGGAUACACUCGAUUUCAAGGUGUGUAUUUGCCUUUGUUAUGGGAACAGAGUUUUUGUUGGAAAAGUCCUAUAGCUCUGGGCUACACAAGGGGCCAUUUCUCCGCCCUGGUUGCCAUGGAGAACGAUGGCUAUGGCAAUCGAGGAGCUGGUGCUAACCUCAACACCGAUGAUGAUGUUACUGUUACUUUUCUACCCCUGGUGGACAGCGAGAGGAAACUAUUGCACAUUCACUUCCUUUCUGCUCAAGAGAUAGGCAACGAGGAGCAGCAGGAGAAGCUGCUGCGGGAGUGGCUGGACUGCUGUGUGACGGAGGGAGGGGUCCUGGUGGCCAUGCAGAAGAGCUCUCGCCGGCGCAACCACCCACUGGUGACUCAGAUGGUGGAGAAGUGGCUCGACCGCUACCGCCAGAUCCGUCCCUGCACGUCCCUGUCGGACGGGGAGGAGGACGAGGACGACGACGACGAGUGAGGGUUG